CCAAUUAAUUAAAAAAAGAUCGAUGGGUCGACGAAAUUCAAACAAGAACAAGAAACCUCCUUCCCCUCCCACUUCUUCUUAUUCGAAGCCCUCUUCCUCCUCCUUCUCCUUUACUCAAGCUCAAGCUCCAGUUAAAGUUCCUAGCAAGGAGGAAUGCAUAGAUAACCUAUAUAAUUCAUAUGCCACAUCGUCCAUGAUUGGUCCUGAAGGAAUUGAGCGUCUAUCUUCUGAUCUUGGAAUUGAUUACACCGAUGUACGGAUGCUAAUGCUUGCUUGGAAAAUGCAAGCUGAAAAGCAGGGAUUUUUCACCCUGGAGGAGUGGCGAAGAGGCCUUAAAGCACUGCAGGCUGAUACCAUAAUUAAGUUGCAGCAGGCACUUCCAGAACUGGAGAACGAGGUUCAAAAGCCAGCAAAUCAUUUGAACUUCUAUACCUAUGCAUUUGAAUAUUGCCUAACAGAGGAUAGACAGAAGAGCAUAGAUGUUGAGUGCAUAUGUCAAUUACUAGAGCUUGUUUUAGGAUCAAAGUUCCAUCAUCAGGUCAAGUCGUUUGUUAGGUAUCUAAAGACACAGGUGGAUUACAAGGUUAUAAACACGGAUCAAUGGACGGCUUUCUAUAGAUUUUGCAAUGAGAUAAGUUUCCCAGAUUUAAAAAAUUAUGAUGACACACUUGCUUGGCCCCUCAUCGUGGACGAUUAUGUAGAGUGGAUGAAGUCAACAAAGACCUGAUUAGUUCUCACUGAGACCAUGGCUGAAUGGCUGAUCACUGUGCAUAUUUCUGUUGCAACGGCGCAUAUAUUGCUAAAACUUUGUUUAAAUUUAUUUGGUUUCUUCAUGAACAGUUUUUAAUAAGUGUUCAAUGCUUGUAUUCAUUUUGAAAAUACGAACACCUAAUAGAAAUUAUAGGGUGAUUGAUUAUUUGAACAGUGUAAUUAGUAUAUUUUUAUGACAUGAGUAAGGAUUAAAUA